CGAAAGAGCAAAUGUAAACCUGUAUUUGAUCGGUAGGCCAAUAUAAUAUUGAACCCAACGAUUCGGUACCAGAGUCCACUGGCACUUGGUCACUCUCCAAAUUCACCUUCAACCUCCCCAAAGGCACCUCCCACUUCUCUCAUGGCGCUAUGGGGCGCCUGCAUGAAUACUUGUUAUCACGCCAAGCAUUUUCUGCUUCGGUAACUUGCGAAUAGUCAUAAAAAAGCGGCGGCGGCAAAACUUCUUUGCCUUUCUUCUCCGAUGUCUUUUAUCAUCCUUCCCUCUCCCUAUGAGCCAGGCUGUACCCCUCCGACACCUCCAGUAUCCCCCGCUCGGUCGGGUACCUCUGUCCCUGAUGUGGAAAGCACGUUGUCCGAGAACCCUGUCGACGAUCCUUUCAGGCUGAGAGCUGCUCUGCGAGACCCAGAUGACGUGGCUGCUCUGCGCAGACGAUGGAACCCACGCAAACAGCGCCAUAUUGGCAAGUUUUACGAGAUGCAGAAUGAGAAGAUUGAUGCGCUAUUGAAGACCAUGGAGAGCCAUGCCCAGGGUGGCGAAGAGGGCAUGAAGGAGAACGCCUUGAAGGUCAAAAUUGCCGUAUACGCUUCGUUUAUCGCAAAUUGCGUAUUAUCUGUUCUACAGCUCUACGCUGCUAUAUCGUCUUUAUCUCUGUCUUUCUUCGCUACUGCUGCCGAUUCUGUCUUUGACCCCGUCGCAAACCUGCUCCUGAACCUGCUCCAUCACAAGUCGAGGAGCGUGGACUUUGUUAAAUACCCUAGCGGUGGUGCUCGUUUAACCACUAUCGGUAACAUUGUGUACUCGUUCGCCAUGCUUUCCGUCAGCAUCCUCCUGGUCGCUUUCUCGAUUCAAGACCUCUCCACCCAUAAGGACGGAGAAACUCUAGAUUUCAAUGUUCCCUCCGUCAUUGCUGUCGGCAUCGCUUUUGUCACAAAAGUGCUUCUCUUUUUGUACUGCUUCUCGAUCCGCAACUCGAGCUCGCAGGUUCAGGUACUUUGGGAGGAUCAUCGGAAUGAUCUCUUAAUCAAUGGGUUUGGCAUUCUCACAAGUAGUGCCGGUGCCAAGCUUAAGUGGUGGAUUGAUCCUAUGGGCGCUAUUAUUAUUUCAUGUGUCAUUAUCGUUUCGUGGACAUACACCUCAUACAUCCAGUUCGGCUACCUCGCUGGAAAGGCUGCCCCUCAUGAAUUUACCCAACUGGUCAUUUAUAAGACGCUCACAUUCAGCGAUGAGAUCAAGCAGAUCGAUUCUUGCAGAGCAUACCACAGUGGGGAGAAAUUCCUCGUCGAAGUCGAUAUCGUUAUGCCAAGUGACACACCUCUAUGGAAAUCGCAUGACCUGAGCCAGGACCUCCAAGAUAAACUCGAGACGCUGCCGAUGGUCGAGCGAGCGUUUGUCCACGUCGACCACGAAGUAUCACACAAACCUGAACAUCGCAAAUACAUCUGAAAUCUAGCAAGAGUUGGUAUGCCAAGAAGAUGUGGAAUGCCUACCGUAAGAUGCGAUAUAUAUCUUAAUCUCUAAAUCCAGUACGCUUACGUCCAUUUGUCUGCAUAUUGUUCAAU